UGCCGACAGCCGUAUAUCCCAUCGUUUCCUUGUUUUGAUUGUUUACCUAACGAAGUUUGAUGCCUGUCAUCUUUCUAUGUAGGCCUAGUUAGAUUUAGUAAAAAAUAGGGUGGAUAUAAGAUGAAACCCAUCAUAUACAAAGGACUGUGUGCUGGAAUCGGCUUGUUUGCUGUUAUCGUCUUAACAUUCAAUACAUUCCAUUACAUGGUAAUCUUCUGGUCAUUCUUCGCUGGGGUUGCUUUAUCAAUGCUGUAUUUAAGUCCGGGGUAUCAAGUGCCCAAUUUGCUGGCAUCUACAUCACCCAAAAAGAAAAGAAUUCUAUCAACCGAUUCUUCUGAUGAUUGUAGUGUUUGUGGAAAGGCAAAUUGUAAAAGAGAAAGGAGAGAAGAAACUCUUGAAAAACUUCGACCCUGGGCAGGUAUAAAUGUAACAGAAAAGGAAGAUAAAGCAGUGCAAGAGUUCUUGGAAACACUUCUUGAGAAAAAUGUCUGGCAUUGGUACAGGAAUUUAAGCAAAGAAGAAGAAUUUGUUAACGAAUUAAAGAUGGCGUUACGAUAUUUUCUAUCUGUUUUAUAUCGUCGAAUAAACAAGAUUGACCUGCCAGAUGUCAUCGUAAAAAAGUUGAUAAAAAUAGCUGUGGAACAUCUUCAUGUUUGUUUGUGUGCUAUGGACAGAGAUAAAGUAACUCAAGAUGAUAUUUUGACGUAUUAUGGACCUCGUCUUCAUAAAGCAGCUCGCAGUCGAAGAUCAGAACUAGAUUAUAUCCGUGGAUUGUGUGACAUCAUAAUGCCUAUCUUGUUGCCAUCUCAAUUUGUUGAGGGGGAUAUCAUGAAAUCAUUUCUUCGAGAAGUUUUAUCAUCUAACGUUAUUCUACCUGGAUUAGAUGCCAUCACUGAUCCGGAUACAUUGAAUAAUUUACUUCUGAUAUUUUUCGACAAAUCUUUGCCCGAAGAAGCAACGGAACCGCCUGCUCCCGCUGUUUCAUUUCUAGAAAAAUUUGCACCUCCAGAUAUUUUGCAAAAUGAUUCAGCUAUGCUACAAGUUGACUUGCCAGAAAUUCUUCAAACACAAGAUAUGCUUUAUCAAUUCAUGACUUUUCUCAAAACACAAGGAGCAGUUAAUAUUCUGCAGUUCUGUCUUACUGUUGAGGAUUUCAAUAGAAGAUGUCUCGCACCAGAGCAAUCUACAGAACAAAAACAAAAAUUACACAGAGAAGCAAAAGAUAUUUAUGAGACAUAUUGCCUUCCUGAAUCGAUUAAUUUCAUACAUUUUGAAGAAGACAUCAUCAAAGAAUUGAGUAAAAUCGCUCUUGGAACUUGGGAAGAGGUCUCACAACUACGCACUAGUACUUUGAUGUUCAGAGCUUACGAACAUGCUUAUAAUUUAUUGGAGCACCUCUAUUGCCCUCUGUUCUAUCAUAGCGAUAUUUACUACCAGAUGAUAUGUGGGAUUAGGAUGCCUGGCGUUGUGAAAACUCAAGUUGACAGAGAAAAUCAGAAACAAUCUCAAGAUCUUUUAUCUGUAAAGCAACUUGGUCUUCGUUUGAAAGGAGCUUUUAAAGGAUCUGAUACAAGCAGCCUUAACAGUGAUUAUGGGGAAAUGGAACAGGAUCCAGAAAAUGAAGAUACUGAUAGAACGUCCCUAAUUGAUAUGGAAGAGGAUGGAACGGGAAGACAAGACAUUCUACUAUCACGUGAUCUCUCUACAUGGAGAGUGACUGUCGAAAAAGUGGAACAGAGAAGAGAAGAUGAUGGAGACAAGUUUUAUACUUUUGUCAUCAGCAUAAGAAGAAUUAACAUGCAAGCAGAUGCGGAACUACCACCAGACUGGCAGGUUUCGAGACGUUAUACUGAAUUUUACGUACUAGAGGGCAAACUUACUGAAUUUCAUGGAUCGCUCGCACCUGCUAAUCUACCACCUAAAAAGUUAUUCGGACGAUCAAUGGAAUUUCUCAAAGACAGAUGUCCUCAAUUUGAAAGUUUCUUAAAGGCAUUGAUAUCGAAACCUGUGCUACGUCGUAGCGAACUCCUUUACGAUUUUCUAUCCCCUGAUCAUUCUGGUGCGCCAUCUCGAUUUGGCAGUAGGUUUCUUCCUGAAGUUCGACUCGGCCGAUUUUUCAAGCGUGUUCCGAAUAAAAUUAUUAAAGAGAAAGGACAACACUUAGACACGUUACUGCAGAGUUUAGUCGCUUCAUGUGAACCAUUGAAGCCUAAAGCAGGAAAAUAUGAAAUGCCAAGUGAUGAUCCUGUAGUUCUUAUGGAUCAAAAGAUCCACAAUGAGAUGUAUGCUGAUGGUGACUGGCGGAUGGAUCCAUCUGAAUUCUCUCUUCCGAAACCAGGGGUUCAGCCAGAGAUUCCGCUUGAUGGAGUAUGUGACUAUAUUUUGUAUUUAUCUAAAAGAGUUUUCGAAGUUGAUGAUUGGGCUUUUCAUCUCAUGGUGGCGCUGAAGAUGGUCGUGCACAAUACUGUUGAACCUUUUGUUCGAAAUUUGAUUCAAGGCAAAAUCAACACUUAUAAACAAGAGCAUCAUGUCAUUGGUCUUAUUCAUACUUUUGAAGAUUUAUUGUUUAAUGCUCCAGAACCAAGAACAGACAAGGAUAAAAUGGAAAGAAGAAAUUCAACUUUUGCUGAAUUAAAAGAUUUCAUUCCAAAACAUUUUGCGAAUUUUGUCGGAAAGGAAAAACAUGAAACUGGUUGUGAUAAAGUCUUCAGUUUGUUACAGAUGCCCAAAUUAAAUAAACAGCUUGGAUAUCUUCUUCUUGAUGCAUUCUUGCUCGAAUUAUUUCCUGAGUUAGUAACUGAUGACAUUUCACCUUCAAAAAAAUGAUUAUCACACACUGUAACACCACCAUCAGAAUACCUUGCUUACUUUCAAACAUGUUUCAGGAUUGCUGCACUACUUUGAAAUUGGCUUUUAUACUCCGGGUUUGGAUUUGGAUUAUUCAGAAUAUUCAUAGGAAUUAUUGUUUGUAAAAAAUAAUUGUAAGACUUGAAUCCACUCGUUCAUACUUUCUUCUCCAAAAUUAUGGGCUAUUUUUGUCCAACUUAUUUUCACAUUGGUUGCUUCAAUUUAGUCCCAUUUUAACUCUAGUCCAGUAGUAGAACUUGAGUUUUUUUUGAAACUUUAAAAUCUCAUCUUUUCAUUGGUAAGGCUUCUGCAUUUAUACGAGUCAAAGAAAUAAUCUACAUUCAUCACUAUUUUGCUGUGCUUUAUCGAAAUAUUUUGAUUAGCCAAGAAUAGUCAAACUAAUACUAAUGGAUCUCAUUGUGCUGUGUGAAUGGUAGUAGUCACUAGUGACCCUCUCAAUCAGCCAGUCCCAGUAUGCAGUUGUCACCAUCUAUGCUUAUGUUGUAUUGGAAGUCUUUUCUGAAAUAUCGUACUGUGUUGUUUAGUUAUUAAUGAAUUUAGGUAUGUCCUGAAUAUUUAGAGUUUUUGUUUUGCUUUUACGUUAUUGAGAUUGCUAUCAUGUGCAAUAUAUCACUGUCUAUUUAUGUUAAAAUUUUAUAAGUAUAUGUUGUUGGUUAUGUUUGUAUUAGAAUAGUUAUACAGAUCGAAAAAAAGUUUAUGGAAA